CUUGCUGAUGCAGGAUGACCACCUUGUGUCGUGUCUCUAUGCUCACCCUUGUCAUGGUGUCAAUGUGGACAUCUCUGAAAACACCCCACUUAAAGGCAUUGACCUCAGUCCCCACCUUUAUAAAAUUGUGGAUGAACUUGGGCCACACCUCACGAAGCAGCUGGCCAUCAGCAGUGGAAUGACCGAGGCCAGAAUCGACUUUCACAUGACAAACAAUCAAAACAACUCUACAGAGCAAUACUACAACGUACUGAAGGACUGGACCGAGCAGCAAGGUCUUGAGAACGCCUUUCCAAAUUUGAUCAGAGAAUUGCGUAAAUUGGGCAAAAACAAGAUCGCUGACAAAUUGCAGAAGAAAAUUCUGGAAAAAGUUUAAAAUAAUGUGUGACAUUUUUUUCCAAACUGGCACACAUCCUAACUGCUGUUUGCAUGUGACCGCUGCAAAAGCACCAGCGCCCAUCGGGUUCACUGUCAAUCUGAGGAACUGCCAACCAGCCUGCCAAGCAGCUUCAUUUAAAUCCAAUCACUGGGAAUAUAAUCUUGACCUUUAUAUU